UAAUGAUAAGUGUUUAUAUUUAAAUAUAAUUCUCAAUAGACCGGCGUGGGUACUUCUAUUACUUCUAUCUAAUGUAUGGUGUUUGUUGUAAUAUAGAAGUAUUGUCUUAAGUUCAACAGCGUAUUUUACGUAUAAAUAUUACUUUAGAAUCAUAUAAUUAUGCGAAUUUAGACGACGACGUCAAGUACUCGUGUAAUGUUCGCCUGUCGGUUGUUGCGAUCUCACCUGAAGCGGCGAUGUCGUGCUUAUGGACAGUCGCCGGCUUUUAAGAAUGACGUGUUGGACAGAAUCGUGUACAACUCUGUGCUGCAGAGCAAAAAGACCACGAAGCACUGGGCUAACAUGCGAGACAAGUUCAAGAAGCAAAGGCUUGAGGAAAUGAAGUGUGACGUCGAGCCUGUGUCAUUGCAAUACUUGGAUGGGUAUGUUGCAGCAGACGAAACCGAAGAACACAGAGCUGCAGAAAUGUCAAUAGAUAGACCACAUAAUUUCCCGUAUAGUAUUGUUAAUAAAAUCAUUACAGAAAAGUAUGUUGGCAAACAGGCAGAAGACAAUGAAGACAAUGAAGUAAACUAUGAUUAUGAGCUGAACGAGUUGAUGACAAAAAACUGGAUGAGCGAUUAUGAAUGUUACGAAGAGAGAAAUCUAGAAGAGGAAAACAGCAUUCCUUCAUGGACUUCAGAGUAUGGUACACCUGACUCAUCUCUACAGAUCAGUGAUAUACCGUGUGGUGGCUGUGGAGCAUUAUUGCAUUGUCAAAACUCAUCAAUACCUGGCUACUUACCAAGCGAGUUGUUUUGCCACUGUGAACCUGAAGAUCUCCGAACAAUGGUAUGUCAACGAUGCCAUUUCAUACAAAAAUAUAAUACAGCUUUAUCUGUACAAGUUGACCCUGUCGAAUAUCCAAAGCUAUUGUAUCCUAUUAAAAAGAAACGAGCAUUAAUCAUUCUAAUGGUGGAUUUGACAGAUUUUCCUUGCAGUAUUUGGCCAAAUUUAGUGGAGUGUAUUGGUAUUAAUAAGCCAGUAGUUGUUGUAGGCAAUAAAUUAGAUUUGUUACCUGGUGAUUUCCCUGGAUGGGUUGAACAUGUAAAGAAAUCAUUGGUUCAAAGCAUUCCAAAAGAAAUCAAUGUUAAACAUGUAACUGUUGUUAGUGCAAAAACAGGAUUUGGCAUCGAAGAAUUAAUUAACAAAUUACAUUCACUUUGGCUAACUAAAGGUGAUGUUUAUUUGAUUGGAUGUACUAAUGUUGGAAAAUCAACAAUGUUUAAUACUUUGUUGCAAUCAGAUUAUUGUAAAGUAAAAGCUAUAGAUUUGGUGCAAAGAGCAACUACAUCACCUUGGCCUGGUACUACAUUAAAUCUACUAAAGUUUCCUAUAAUGCGACCAUCUAAUUGGAGAUUGUAUGUGAGGACUCAACGUCUUCAACAAGAAAGAAAAGAAAGAAUUUUAGAACAACAACUAGAAGCUGACCAAAGGCGUUCUUCAAAAUUAAAAAUGAAUGAUUUGCCUUCAAUUAUUGGUCAAAUUGGUCUUACUUUUUAUAAACCAUCAAGUGUAAAUGAAACUUCACAACAAAAUGAAAAGGAUCCAUUUACUACUAACGAAAUAAAAGUUAACACAAAACGUGUUACUAGUAGUACUUUGGGCUUUGACGAAAAUGAUCCUCAAUUUAAAGGCAGUAAAUUUAUGUAUGAUACACCAGGCGUUGUUCAUCCAGAUCAAUCUAUCAAUUUAUUGACUACUGAAGAGCUGAUGAUGACCUUACCUACCACUGUUGUCAAACCGAGAACAUUCAGUUUAAGACCUUUGCAAACACUGUUUGUUGGUGGUCUUGGUAGAAUUGACUGUUUGAAGACAGGAGCUAAAUUUGUUCGUUUUACUGUCUUUAGCGCUCAUACCCUUCCAAUAACUGUUUGUAAUACAGAAGAUGCCAAUGAGUUGUAUGAGAAACUUCUAGGUACAGAUUUAUUAGCAGUUCCGUGUGGUAGUAUAGAAAGGCUGUCUAAGUGGCCAGGACUGAGUAUUUACAAGAACCCAAUUCAGUUGACUGGUAUAAAUGAAAAAACUAGUUGUGCUGAUAUUGUUUUGUCAUCUGCAGGAUGGGUUGCUGUGACUCCAUUUGAAAAUGAUAUAUGUGAUAUACAAGCUUGGACACCUGAAAGUCGAGGUAUUUAUAUUCGUAAACCACCAUUAUUAAGGUAUGCAAUUAAUGAUCGAGGACCAAGAAUAAAAUUUACUCCAACUUAUCAUCCUAAGGAGUAAAAUUUAUUAAUGUAAUUAUUAUUAUAAAAAAAACUUUGGUAUUUACAAAAUACUUGUAAAAUUAUUAUC